AUGGAAUAUAAGGAAGUGCAGCAAGUUACCUGGAAGAAGAGUUUACCUCUUGGAGAGAAGACCAUGACCACCUACAGCAGAUUCUCUGGUGUAAGAGUGAAUCCUGAUUUUCAAGAUAAAGUGGAGUUCAAAGAAACUGAACUGCUGAACACCUCCAUAGUGAUCAAGGAGGUGACAGAGCAGGAUGAAGGAUGCUACCGCUGCUUGUUUAACACUCAGUCUGAUGGUAAUUUAUCUGGUCUCACCUGCAUCAGACUCUAUGGUAAGAAGAAGGCUUCUUUUUUAAAGCUUAUUUUGCAGAAGAAUCAUAGAUAAUUCUCUGUUCUGACUUCAUCGACCUGUUUCAGAGCUGUAUGGACCUGUUCUUCAUGUCAGAGGCCAAAACUCCACCAGAGACGUGGUUGUUUCCUGCUCAGCCUCAGGUCGACCUCCUCCAUCUAUGGAAAUCACAGUCCCUCAGCAAGAACUGUACUUAUUAAAAACCAGCUCUGACUAUGUCCUCAACAACAACAGCACAGUGACGGUCACCAUGACGGCAGUGCUGUCUCGCUUCCAUCAUAACAGCGUACCGGUUGGAUGUGCAGCUCAGGUUCUCUCUCUUCCUCAGACAAAAGUUUUCAGGAUGAUUUCAGAGCCUGCAGCUGAGGGUAAGAAAUAUGUCAAGAGCAACGAUGAACUGAUUAAUAAACACUUUCCUGUUUUAAUGUCUUUUAUUUUUCCAUUUUUAAAGGGGAAUCUGAAGCGGGUAACAUCAGUCACCGUAAGUCACUGUAACAGUAAGUCACUGUUCAGUAUUCUAGCUGUCUUGAUUAUUGACUGUGUGGUCUUCAUGUUUCUCCUGUCUUCUUUAUCUCAAAGGCAGGACUCUGGUCAUUGUAUCAGCUGUGUUGGCGGUCUCUGUUGGUUUGUCCGUGGCCCUCUUUUUCCUGUAUAAAUUUAAAAAACAGACCAGGUAAUUUUUUUUAUCUGUUGUGUCUCAGUUUUUGAGCAUUUAAGAGUUUUUGAGGUUCUAACUAUUCUGAAAUCCUUCAGUCUAUGACACACGAGCCUUCAGAUGAUUGAGACCAGUUCAGCUGCAGACAGAGACCCUCAGAGGUGAGAAAUGCUUAGAUUCACGUUUUUCUUUCUCUUGAAUAUCAGUAUUUGUUGUUUCAUAUGUCUUGGUUUUAUGACUCAAAUAUUGAGGAUUAAAGUGGAUGUUUGUUUACUUUGUCAAGAACUGAAGCAUCAAUGGAGGACAACAUUUAG